AUGGGCUGCAACAUGUGUGUGGUCCAAAAGCCUGAAGACCAAUACAGGGUCAUGUUCCAGGUGAACCGGAAGGAUUUGCGCCGCCUGUCCGGCGAUCCCCCGCUGGACGUGAGGGACCCCCUGCUGGCCAACAUAAUCCGCGGCCGCAAGUCCCGCAGACGGGCGGGCUUAACGGGCCCCCCCGCCGGCGUGGCUCCGCUGACCAUGGGGAUGGCCGACUGCGUGGACAGCUGCACCCAGACGGACAUCAGCUUCCAACACACGUUGACCGGGGGCAAGAGCAGGCAGUCUCCGCCCAACCCCCCGCCGUCGCCCCCUCUACCGGCGCUCCUGGAGCCGUACCUGCUCAACGAACUUUACCUAGAGCCCGUGUACUACGACCCGGCCGACUACUUCGACAUAACUCAGCACGACGUUGACAGGCAGGAUGAGCUGGAAUAUGAGGAGGUGGAGCUGUACAAAUCCCGACAUCAGGAUAAACUCGGGCUGACCGUGUGCUACAGAACCGACGACGAGGAGGAUCUUGGAAUCUAUGUCGGCGAGGUGAACCCAAAUAGUAUCGCUGCAAUGGACGGCCGCAUCCGCAAGGGGGACAGAAUAUUGCAGAUUAAUGGAGUGGACAUUCAGGACAGAGAGGAGGCAGUCGCCAUUCUGACCAGAGAGGACAGCACGAAUGUCUCCUUGCUCCUCGCACGACCCGAGACCGAGAACGACAAGCAAGUGGACCCAGAAAAACUGGACCUGGAGCCACUGGACAACGCUAUCCAUCUGCUGGCCAGUCAAAGAACCGCCAGCCCUCCGGGAGACGGCGCCGCCGGCUGCCACGAUUGCUUACCGAGUCGGGAUUCGCCUGACUUGCUGCAGACCGUGCUGAGCAACAGCCAGGAGCUGGACAGCGGAGUGGGCCGUACGGACGAAAGCACGCGCUACGAGGAGUCCUCGGAACACGACCUCCUGGGAGACGACCACACCAGCGCCUCCAAUACAAACGCCACAAACACGCCCGGAAGCAUGCGCAAAUUUUCGUCCCCGCGAAGCGACACGCCGCCACUACUGUACUCGCAGGACCUUCAUUUCAGCAGCGACUCCCUUUUGGGCCUGGACUGCGCCAACGGGGGAGGGCUCGAGCAGCUAAAGGGCAUUGAAAGGACAUACCCGGGUGACCCGGUGAGGAUGAUGAUGCCCGGACUGACAGAAGAAGAGUGCGAGAGGUACAAAGAGCUGCUGGAGAUCAAGUAUUACUACGAGAGAAGCGGCGGCCGCGAGGAGUGCGGCGUCCCGCUGGACGAGAACAAGAACGAGCACCUGAGUCGGCGCGAGAUGGCGCUCCUGGAGGAGGAGUUGCGGCACCUCGAAUUCAAGUACCGAAACAUCCUCAGGGCGCAGAAGAUGCAGCAGCUGAGAGAGCGCUGCCUCAAGGCUUGGCCUCUGGAGGACAAGGUCAGUCGGUGCUCGGUCGGAGAGGAGUCCCGACACCAGGCUCUGUCCGACAUCAACGAGCUUCCGGAGAGGGAGCGUUCGGAUAAGGACAGCACCAGCGCCUACAACACCGGAGGGGAAAGCUGCAUGAGCACCCCGCAGAUCAACGAGCAGCAUCCUUCACCUUCCUCAGCCAGCCCGGAGGGAGGAGAACCUCGCCCGGAGAAGAGCUUCUCCUCAAGCCCGAGAGACGGGGCGCCCCGGAAUGAAGGAGGUGCCGGGGUCCCGGUCAACCUCAACCACUCUCACAGGAGAGGAUCCAACCAAGGAGCCCGGAGGGGUUCUGACGGAGGGCUGAGACGCAACUGCAAAACCAACCCCCAGAGCGUGAGGCUGGGGGGCCACAGUGCCGAGAACAGCCCUUACAUGUCCCGUCGUCACGCCGAAACCAAGCUGCCUCAGCAUUACUUGAGCUGCAUGCAACUUGGCUCUCCGCCGGCCUCCGAAAAGACGGCGGGAUACAGAGACGCUAAUCCGGACCCCCGCCAAGGGGACGUCAGCCCCAUGAGUCUGGGUAGCACAUGUAAAGACGUGGCCCGGAGCACCGCCGCCGAGCCCUUCUCACCGCGUAUGGAGUGGAAAGUGAAGGUGCGGAGCGACGGCUCACGCUACGUGGCCAAGAGGCCCGUGCGCGACCGCCUCCUGAAGGCGCGGGCCAUGAAGAUUCGGGAAGAACGCAGCGGAAUGACCACGGACGACGACGCGGUGAGCGAGAUGAAGAUGGGCCGCUACUGGAGCAAGGAAGAGCGUAAGCAGCAGCUCCAGAAGGCCCGGGAGCAGCGGCGGCGCCGGGAGAUGAUGAUGCAGAGCCGCCACGACUUCUUGAGGGAAAGGGAGCAGGGAUGCGGGGGUUCCGUUGUUGAUGGCGGCGGAGCGGGACUGCAGGGAGCUGCGCAGCACCAGCAGCAGCAGCAGCAGGAACCCACCUCCAUCCUGGAGAUGUGCCACCGCAGGAGCAUGAAGAAACGCAGUCGCAGGAUUCUGGACAAUUGGAUUACCAUUCAGGAGCUGCUGACCCACGGGAGCAGGUCCGUGGACGGGACCAAAGUUUACAACCCCCUGCUGUCCGUCACCACAGUCUGACCGGGACGCCCGACGGGAGCUCUCGGGUGAGGAUGAGGAUGCUGGUGCCAAAACCGGAUGCGGCA